CAGAACAAAAGGGGGCAUGCAGCUUAUUUUCAGUGAAGUUUAUCUAGGAAUGUAAGGUGACCUGAGUGUGACCUUGCUUGGAGUCCCUCUGUAGCAGGAGAACAGGGGGUGGGGGAUCUAUUGGAAUCAGAGUUUAACUUGUAUUGGCUUUAGCAGGAUUGAUCAGCCUGGAAGCUCUGUGCAGAAGGGAGGGGAUAGAAGCUAAGAAAGAGUCUGAUCUGCCGGAAAUGUCUGAAAAGUAGAGUUUCCUCUGUGCAGCAGCAGCAGCCUCCUGUCCUGAUCAUAGGGACAAUGCAGCAGGGUGACACUGACCGCAGAUCUCCUCCAGCACUGCUGCUGUGCAUGCUCUGAUUCUCCUCUGUGCUGGGAGAAGGCAUCACAACUUCUCAAAAAAAAAAAAAAACUUUGCAAGAAGAAAGAUUUCUUCUCUUCAAGGAUCUAAGGAUUAUUCUUUACAAUGGGACUCCCCACUCUGGAGUUCAGUGAUUCUUACUUGGAUAGCCCAGACUUCAGGGAAAGGCUCAAGUGUCAUGAGAUUGAGCUGGAGAGGACCAAUAAGUUUAUUAAGGAGUUAAUUAAAGACGGGAACAUGCUGGUGGGAGCCUUGAGAAAUCUUUCCAUAGCCGUGCAGAAGUUUUCCCAUUCCUUGCAAGAUUUUCAGUUUGAAUGUAUCGGUGAUGCCGAAACAGAUGAUGAAAUUAACAUUGCUCAAUCCUUAAAAGAGUUUGCUCGCCUACUCAUUACCGUGGAGGAAGAAAGAAGGAGACUGAUCCAGAAUGCCAAUGACGUUUUAAUAUCCCCCCUGGAGAAGUUUCGUAAGGAACAGAUUGGUGCAGCAAAGGAAGGAAAGAAGAAGUUUGACAAAGAGAGUGAGAAAUAUUAUUCAAUAUUGGAGAAACACUUGAAUUUGUCAUCGAAGAAGAAAGAGGCGCAUUUACAAGAGGCAGACACCUUAAUUGAUCGAGAACACCAGAACUUCUACGAUGCGUCUCUGGAGUACAUCUUCAAAGUGCAAGAGGUUCAGGAGAAGAAGAAAUUCGAGUUUGUUGAGCCGCUUUUGGCGUUCCUCCAGGGCCUCUUUACCUUCUACCAUGAGGGAUAUGAGCUGGCAAGAGAAUUUACACCCUAUAAGGAGCAGCUACAGUUCAAUUUACAAAACACCCGCAAUAACUUUGAAAGCACCCGGCAGGAGAUGGACCGUUUAAUGCAGAGGAUGAAGUCUGCAGACCAGGACUAUCGACCGCCCAGCCAGUGGACAAUGGAGGGUUAUUUAUAUGUCCAGGAGAAGAGGCCGCUCGGAUUCACAUGGACGCGGCAUUACUGUACUUAUGACAAAAGCAGCAAAACCUUUACAAUGAGUGUUUCCGAAACCAAAUCUGGUGGAAAAGUGAAUGGUCUCAUCUCCAACAGCCCCGAGAUGUUUAAGCUGAAAAUGUGCAUCAGGCGCAAAACUGACUCUAUAGACAAGCGCUUUUGCUUCGACAUAGAAGUCAUAGAAAGACAAGGUAUUAUAACACUUCAGGCAUUAUCUGAGGCGAAUAGAAAACAAUGGCUGGAAGCAAUGGAUGGAAAAGAACCGAUUUACACACUUCCGGCCAUCAUUAGUAAAAAGGAAGAAAUGUUUUUAACUGAAGCUGGCUUCAACUUUGUGAAAAAAUGCAUCCAGUCUGUGGAGAUGCGAGGUAUCACUAUUUUGGGACUAUACAGAAUUGGCGGUGUCAAUUCCAAAGUUCAGAAGCUGAUGAAUACAGUGUUUUCACCUAAAGCCCCUCCUGAUAUGGAUAUCGAUUUAGAGUUAUGGGACAAUAAGACCAUAACAAGCGCUCUAAAAAACUACCUCAGAUGUCUGACUGAGCCCCUCAUGACCUAUAAAUUACACAAGGAUUUUAUUCUCGCUGUCAAAUCGGAUGACCAGAAUUACAGAGUACAAGCAGUACAUGCCCUAGUCCAUAAGCUACCGGAGAAGAACCGAGAGAUGUUGGACAUCUUAAUUAAGCACCUUGUCAAGGUAUCGCUGCACAGUCAACAGAAUCUUAUGACUGUCUCCAACCUUGGCGUGAUCUUUGGUCCUACACUGAUGAGAGCCCAGGAGGAAACCGUAGCAGCAAUGAUGAACAUCAAGUUUCAGAAUAUCGUCGUUGAGAUUCUGAUAGAACAUUAUGAGAAGAUAUUUCACACGGCACCAGAUCCAAAUGUACCGCUUCCUCAGGCACAACCACGAUCAAUUUCUAGACGGACCAGAGCAAUCUGCCUUUCUACAGGUCCCAGGAAGCCAAAGGGGAGGUAUACCCCAUGCCUGGCCGAUCAUGACAGUGAUUCUUACAGCAGCAGUCCAACUAGCACCCCUAUGGGUAGCAUAGAGUCUUUGUCUUCACAUUCCUCAGAGCAAAACGUCAACUCAAGGUGUGCAUCGUCCCCACAAAGAGACAAAAAAGGAGGAGGAAUUCCCUGGGUCACCUCUACACCAUCGUCUAAUGGCCAGAAGAGUUCUAGUCUGUGGACCACAAGCCCUGAGUCCAGUUCCAAAGAGGACGCUUCCAAAACAGACGUGGAAUCAGACUGUCAGAGCGUAUCUUCUGUUACAAGCAGGGGAAAUAUUUCUCCUCCAAUUGACCUGACCAAGAAAGGACAUUAUGAGCUGUCUGGGCUCAAACGCUCCGCUGCAUCUUCUCUCCGUUCCUUACCUUCCACAGAAGGUAUGAAAAGUCGAAGCCCGUCUACUCAAAGUCUUACAUCGGUGGACCUUAAAGACAUCACAAAGGCUUAUCCUGAUUUACCUCCAAAGGGAAUAAGGAGGAGACUGGACACUGGUUCCAGUAAUGGAUACCAGAGACCAGGAUCAGUGGUGGCAGCUAAGGCUCAGCUUUUCGAGAAUGCUGGAUCAAUGAAACAGACCACUCCCGGGCGCCAAGCCAAAGCGAUGUACUCUUGUAAAGCGGAGCACAGUCAUGAACUGUCUUUCCCCCAGGGGGCGAUAUUUACUAAUGUGUACAGGUCUGUGGAACCCGGCUGGCUGAAGGCAACCUAUGAAGGCAAGACUGGAUUGGUUCCAGAGAAUUACGUUGUCUACCUCUGAUGACGCUUGUUUGGACAGCGCUAUCUUCAUGGUAUCCAUGGUGACAAAUGAGAAGACGCUGACUGUAUCUAAUAUGGGUACAGUGGAUCAACCGGCAUUGAAGGUCUCUGUUGGCUUGUGACUUGAAGACUCUUUUGAGAGAUUGUCCACUGCUUGACUUGAGGCCUACUAUGAAGAAUUUAGAAUUGCAGUCGAAUGAGUAUAAUAUAUAUAAAUCUAUGUAUUUGAUGUUAUCUACGUGUCCAGAAAUGAUCAAAACCUUGAGAUAUUUGGUACUCAGUUGAAGGAGGACGUGCACUGACCACCGGUACCCGACCCACCAGUGUAUGCAGAGGGGUAACUUGAAGGCAAAAUCUGAAAACCUACCAUGUGCCAAAAUCUUGAAGGCAAAGUCUAAAAACCUACCAUGUGCCAUUGAUAUUACUGGUGCCUUGUUUUGGGGCCCUCCAGGGUGCUCGUGCUCAUGUGCCGCCUCUGCCCCCCUCUAUCCCCACUAGUGUGAGGUCAGAUGAUUGAACUAAGUGCGCCUCCUCUCUUCUUAGCAAUAACUGACAUGUAUGGUGACUAUAUUUUAUUUAAUCUUCACUUUUGUUGUAACUAUUAUUCUGAGAUUGUAUGUACUGUACCUGCAGACCACUAUUGUUGCCCUCCAUGAAGGCGUAAGGUAUUAUUGAGAUUUUCUACAUACUUCAAGACAUCUGAGGUUUACACAAUGAUGUUUAGCCACCCGAGACCACUGCACUGGCAUACCACCACUUAUACUGAAGAUGCCAUAAUGGAAAGUGGAGCGAUAUUCCUCUAAAUACAGUUUCAGGGGCAGCAGUGACAUCAUCGGGAAGUAGAGUGAUGUCACUCUUCACUAGUGAAUUGAUUGGCUGACUACUGCAGCACUGUCAAAUCUCUGUCCAAAUUUGUGAUAAAUUUUCUGGGGAAUUUGAGGGUCAUGGUAGGCAGAAGUAAAGCCAGCAAUGGUAAAAUUGGAGAAAAUAGCAAGAAAGGAAAGACUCUUCUCUGCCAGGGAAAUUUCAUAGGUUUUCGACAUAGGGAACUCAAUAUCUGUUUGU